AUGAGAUUUCUCUGCCCACCUUCUAAAAUUCAAACCUCUGAUACAUACAGUUCAAUCAUCAGAUGGGAGCCAGUAGGAGCCAGUACUGGAUUCACCUACCUCCGCCUCUUCUUCGCCAUUGCCGGCAUCUGUUUAUCGGCUUCUCUCCCUCAUGGGCCGACGCUUUCGCACCGCAUCCAGCUCUCCGAGACCGCCACAGUGAAUGAAUCUCUCCGCACCCACCAAAUUAGCACCGGAACGGUCGAAACCAAUGUGCGCAUCGUAUUCGUAGACCCGCAGGAAGAAGCCCCGGACGGAAUGUACAUCAUUGCCUCUAACAACCCGAUAGGCUCCCCAGUAUCACUCACCUUGCGACUGAACGAGAACCGGAACAUCUUCAACACCAUCAUCUUACCUGCGAAUUCCAAUUUAACGCCAAUCGGCGGAACGAUGCGUAGGCCUCGAUCUGUUCUGUUCCUGUACACCAUUAUCAACUCGGAACACUCCGAGACCAACACAGCUGGAGGCCCAGCUACCCCAGUUUCGGACGCGGAAACUUAA